UUACCAUCCCAAAACUGCCCCUUCACCUCCAGCGCCGCCCCCGACACCCCACCACCCAGCAUAAGCCACCACAGGUGAGGCCGUCCACCCCCAUCGGCCUUUCGCCAAAUUACCACAACCGGCAUACCGUCUCCUUUGACCAGGCGCUCACCCUUUCAUCGUCUUCAACCCUGUCUCCGCCAUCCAUCCCCGGACCCCACUUCUCAACUUCCCUCCCCACACGAACCUCCAGCAGGCAUAGACUCUUCGCCGCCACCGACACUGUCGAGAGAGUCGCGCGAACUGGCGCACAGACCGAAGAUCAUCGGAAACGUGGGUGGAGUGAGUACUACCCUUGGUGCAGCGGAAUAUUUCAAAGAGCGCGGGGCUGUAGAGGAUGGGAGAAAUCACACUGGGAGGAUGCUUGAGACUUUUCUUGCUCCUGCCUCUUUUCCCGCGUCAAGAUUGAAUAGCACACAAUCACUAACGACACAUGUUUGCAGCCUUCGCGACCUCAUUUCUAUCUGCGACUCUUGCAUUGAGACGAAACUUGACUCCGCGCCAUGCAGUCGGGCCCGAGAAUGGUGGUGCCCACUGCACCUCAUUUACAACACGGUAUGAACCCACCGAUGGACAGCAACUCCCUCCAACAGCAGCAUAUGGUCAUGAUGGGUCAGAACGGCCAACGCAUAGCCUUUGAUCCCAACAAUAUGUCGGACGAACAUCGCGCCAUUUUCGAGGGUCAGAUCCGGUUGCAACAGGCCCAGCAACAAGCUCAGGCUCAGCAGCAGGGGCGAGAAGCGAAAGUCGCUGGCCAACGGACACUUGGAGUGGCCGCCCCUCAGCAGACGCCGAGGCACAUGAUGCAGCACCCACAGCUUCUCCAGAGCCUCCAAGGUCAGGGGAUCCGGCAGGUCAUGACUGCCCAGGGUACAGUCAUGUUUCUCGAUGCCCAGGGCCGCCAGGUUCAUAUCAACCAAGGCUGGCAGGGUGACCCCCGGCAACCGAUGACCAUGCAGCAGCAGCAGUCGAUGACUCAACAACAGCAUCACGCGAUGCAGCAGCAACAACACUUGAUGGCGCAAAUGCAGCCUCAAAUGCAACAACAACAACAGCAGCAGCAGCCCCAACAGCAACAGCAAAUGGCUCAACAGCUGUAUACCCCUCAGCAAACGCAGAUGAUGCAGAGGCCUCAAGUCAUGCACCAGCAACAGGCCAUGCAAAAUCAGCAAGCUGCCCAGCAGCGUGCGUCUCAGCCGCCUUCUGCCCGGCCGCCUGCCGCGUCUUUACCCACGCCGAGCCUUCUCCAAGUGCCCCCGCCACCGGUCAUGAAACAGAGGCCGGUGCACGAUGCUUCGCGGAGUGCUUCUCCGAUGCCCCCGCACAUGCGCAUGCCCCAGCAGCAACACCCACAACCUGCUACUCAUAUGCAGCCAAGCAGCUCUGCUAUUACUGGCGUGGGUCAGUCUCCUGCCAUAUUGCCUGCUCGUGCCUCGACAAUCCAACCAUCCAUGUCUGAGAAUCACCUGCAACGGCAAUCUGUCCCUCCUCAGUCCCAUCCCCAACAAGCUGUUGCUCAAACCAUCACUAUCCCGCCUCAACAAACGCCUCAGCUUGAGCCCAUGCGGUGGUCCAAGACGAUGGUUCUCUCAUCGCAGCAACGGCUGGAGCGGUGGAAACAAAAGACGGCGAGGCUUGAAAGCAUGCUCGCGGAUGCCAAGCUUGGGCUGGCCGAGAUGGAGAAGGAAGAGCACGAUGGGAAAAAACGUGCAGAGAGUCGGGCGACGGAUCCGAAAGCAGAGUUUGAGAAGGAAGUGUUGGGUUAUCUGAGACGAGCGGGGUAUGAGAGCGCGGUGGCUGCAUUGGAGGGCGAGAUGAAGCAAUCGGCGAGUGAGAAGGAAGUCAUCAAGUCGUCGCCCAAAAGCUCGCCCAAUGCGAAUGCGCAAGCGAGCUCUUCCACGCCUACUGAGCCAAAUUCGGCAAAGGAAGUGCCAGAGACAGACUCGAUAUUCGGGACAGAGGUGGGAGAGGAGGAGAAGAUGGACGUGGACAAAGAGAAGGCGGAGAAUGGGGAGGCUUCAAAAGAUCUGGGCGAGCUGUUCACCUGGUGGAUACUGUAUCAAGACACUCGUGUCCUCCUGGCCAACAAACCGCAUCUUUUCCAACCUCCAUCAUCGCUUGCCGUCACAUCCGCCCAGCCAGACUCGUCAUCAGCUACUGCCAUCGCCAUGUCGGCCCCUUCCAGCGCCCGACCGCACCCUGGCCAGCAUUCCAACGGCGUUGUACCAAACGAGGCUCAACUGAAGCUGCAACAGGCCGAGGAGAUGAGGCAGGCUCAGCAGGCGCACAUUGCUGCUCAGCAGGAGAGCCUCAGAAGACAGGCUGCAGGGCAAGGUCAACCUCAGCACCAGCAACCUGGCCAACCUCAGCAUCAACCUGAACAAAGGGUUCUGGUGCAGAUUGGAGGCCAGAAUCAUUCUCUCACCCAGGAAGAGUAUCAACGACUCGUUCAGCAGAAUCAACAGCAACAGCAGUUCCUUGCUCAGCAGCAGCACCACCAGCAGCAGCAGCAGAUGAUGAUGUCCAAUGGGCAGAUGUAUCCCGGGCAAGUGCAACAUCCGCACUCUUCACCUUCAAAAAGAAAGAGGGAGCUGGAGGAAGUGGCCGCGGCGAACAAGCAUCCGAAGAUCGGUGGGCAACAACCCACCCCGGAAGAGCACAGAAAGCAAGCGAUGGAUCUGGCUAGGUCUGUUUCAGGACAAAUGACACCCCAGAUGGGUCACAACUAUGAUCCCGACCAGUCACCCGCCGGGCAACUUUCCGACCGACGCACAAGUCUUUCCGAAGCUCAACGGCAGUACGCCGCAACACAAGCAGCCUAUGCUCGUCAAAAUCUCGAGCGCACCAGUGUCGGCAACUCUCCAGCUACUUUCAACGGUGUUUCGCCCGCUCAACUCGGACAGUCUCCUAUGGCCGGCUCCCCUGCGCAGGGUCACGAUGGUGCCAACGGUAUCAAUCAAGCUCCAACCCCCGCUAGUGCCAAGGGCAAGAAGGGCAAGAGUGCUCUUGUGAUCGACACGGAAGUCACCCCUGCAGAGUCUGACGCGCCUCCCUCGGCCACUCCCAGAGGUCGCAAGACACCCAGUACUGGCAAACGACCACCGAGAACAUCGGCCGAGAAGACUGUCAAGGGCAAGAAGGUGAGACCAGCAAACUCGGCAGGAUUGCAAGAUCAAUGGCAACCAUGGCUGACACUCAUUCCUCGACUCCAGGGCAAGCGGGGCACUGCAAACAAUGCGACUGAUUCUACCCCGGGUCAAGAGGGUGAUGAGCCACAGACACCGGCGGUGGCUCAGACUCCUGGAUCCACUCAGACACAGGUGUAUCAACUACCUGCCCAGACACCGUCCGAAGAGCAGCCGCCUCUGGAUCCCCAGUUGACAUCGUCGGCGGUGUCGCAACCGGCUCCGGCACAAAUUCCUGAUCAGUCUCAGCCCCCACAGCCGCCUUCACAACAUCAAGCACUUCCACCAAGCCACAACCAGUUCGAGGCACCGGCAUUCGAGUUUGACGACUCGAACGAUCUAUUCAAGAUGCUGGACUUUAGUGGAGGAGAAGGAGGUGGCGGAUUCGACGGCGCAGAUGUGUUCAAUUUUGAUGGCUUCGCAUUCCCCGGCGUCGGCGGCGAAGGGCAGGAAGACUGGCAGGCUAUCGAAAGCUCUUCCAGAUAAGCCCUAUUGGCUCUCUUCCUGUCCUUACUUUGAUUUGUUGCCAUCUGUAGCCUCACCAUCAUCACCUUGUCAUCCAAAGUUUCCGUCAAAGAACUGGUCCACCCCCAAAACGUUGUCACAAUACCGAAAACCCUCCUCCCGCCAGAAAAAUGUAUAAUACACCGAGGAAGGGCCCCUGCUAUCCCCACUUUCUUCUUCGGUAGUACUCCACUUGUGGAGGCCUCAUUCCCCGUCCCCUGCAUCUCCUCGGCUAGCUAGGAUAUCCGAUCUUCUAUCAUCUUUUUGCCAUGUCCCCUCUUGUAUACACUUGCAUGUUUUCUUCUGCCCUCUCUGCCUACUGUUGGCGAUUUGCUUCUUUGCCCUCUAUAUGUGCUUAAUCUUUUAUCUCACAUCCCACCCUUUCAUCUACUGCUUGUGUAGGGUAAUGCGUCUCGUGUAAACAGCAUGGCCUUUCCCUUUCCUCUUCAAUAUCUCGUCGUUCCUACUACCUUCUUCUAUAUACGCUGUUCCCCUCCUCCUUCCCGUUCUGGGUCCCUGGUGUAGGUCAUGAUUAAUGAUGUAUUGUACUACAUGACGCGAGUCAUGUCCCAUUCGAGGAUACUAUCUAUUUUGAUUGAUCAACUCUCGAU